AUGUAUAUUUGGAAAUGCAAAAAAAAUGAUACAUCAAAAAAUAAAAGCAAAUUUCAGGUCAUAAUUCCGGUUUUUGCACUUGGUCGAGCUCAGGAAUUAUGUAUUCUUUUGGAAUCGUAUUGGGAGAGAAUGGCGCUGAAAAUUCCGAUUUUCUUCUCACAAGGUCUUGCCGAAAGAGCAAAUCAAUAUUAUCGACUUUUUAUUUCCUGGACCAAUGAAAACAUCAAAAAAACAUUUGUUGAACGAAAUAUGUUCGAAUUCAAACAUAUUCGACCAAUGGAAAAAGGAGCUGAAGAUAUGCCGGGACCACAAGUCCUUUUCUCAACACCUGGAAUGUUGCACGGUGGACAAUCGUUGAAAGUGUUCAAAAAAUGGUGUUCUGAUCCGAAUAAUAUGAUUAUUAUGCCUGGUUAUUGUGUUGCUGGAACUGUUGGAGCACGAGUUAUUAAUGGCGAGAAACGAAUUGAGAUUGAUGGAAAAAUGGUGGGAAUGUUUUUGAAUUUUUGGCGGGAGAAUUCGAAUAAAAAUAAUAUUGCCACGUGGAUUUUUCGGACAAAAUUUCAAAUUCAAAAAUUUACCGAUCUGGAAAUUUGGCUGCAAAAUUUCAAGUUCAAAAAAUGUUUUCACGUGGAUUUUUAACAUCAAAAUUUCUAAUUUGAAUAAUAUACUUCUGGCGGCAAAAAUUAAGAGUGAAAAAUAUUUGCUACGUGGAAUUCUGAUGGUAAAUUUUCAAAAUUUGAAAAUGUUGCCAUGUUGAAAUUUGGCCGCAAAAUUUAAAGUUCAAAAAAUUCUGCAACGUGGAUUUCUGAUGGCAAAUUUUCGAAAUCCAAAAAUUUUAGAUUUUGAUCUCAUGAAACUAGAUUAGUACAGAAUUACCCAACUUCUAUAUCUGAAACAAAAAUAUUUAUUCCAGCACGAUAUUCGCCUUGGAGUUGAAUAUAUGUCAUUCAGUGCACACGCAGAUGCAAAAGGAAUUAUGCAAUUAAUCCGACAAUGUCAACCACAACAUGUUAUGUUUGUCCACGGAGAAGCUGCAAAAAUGGAAUUUCUCAAAGGAAAAGUUGUGAAAGAGUUCAAAAUUCCUGUUCAUAUGCCAGCAAAUGGUGAAACGGUUUCGAUUGAGAAAUUGCCAACUUUUGAACUUCCGAUUUCUCAAGACGUAAGUUUUGAAGUAGAUUUGGGAAAAAUUGAGAUUUUCUUUGCAGAAAAUUGAAAAAUGCAUUAGCUUGGAUCCAAAUCCUUCGAAAAAACAAUGUCCUUUCAACAGUAAAUUUGUUCUUGAUCAAAGUGUGAGUUUUUUUUUUGAAAUUCUAAUUUAUUUUUUUUUUAUUUUCAGACACAAGAAUUGGAAAUUGAAGUGAAUAAUGAAAUAAAUUUAAGUGAAGACAAUAACAUGAUUCCAAUUACCGUAUCUCUUUCACAAAUAAUUCGCGGGAAAAAGUUGAAUUGGAAAGAGUUGAGUGAAGAGAUGCAAGUACAUGAUCCACAUUUACAAUUGAAACAGGUACGUGACAAAAUUUUUAUUAAAUUUUAAAUCAUGUUUUUUCAGGAUGGAAUUGAAAUGUUCGACGGUGAAAUUUGUAUAAUGGCUUUGAGAAACUUGGAAAACAGUGUUGAAUUGGUUUGGGAUGAAUGUAGACAACCAUGGUUUCAAACUAUAUAUCAGACAAUUUGUGAUUCGAUUCGACCUCGAACACAUCUCAAUUCAUAA